AUGAUGGGGGCUGAGUUGGUAGUGGUUUGUGGUAGUUCUGAGGUUGGAAAAGAGGCUGCAAGCACUGCUGCUAUUUUACCUCAUGAACUAACCUUGAUUGUGUCUCCUACUUUUGAUUCUGAAGAACAUUUAGUUAAGGUGGCAAUACAACCAGUUUCAAUAGGGCAAAAGGUUGUUCAAAAAAGGAGGAAAAUUGUGGCUAGAAAGGUUAAAAAUGCUAAUCCAAAUGUCCCAGAUGAUAUGGUUAUUGAGGUUUCUAAUGUGUCUGCUGAUAUUCCUGAUUCUAAAAAGGUUUACAUAAAAGAAGCUUGGGGGAUUGUUCUCAAGAUAAUCUUGAUUUUGUAA